AUGACAGGAGAGGCCCACCGAGUUUACAGAGCUUUAUAUAUAAAACUGAGUAGUGGUGGGGAGUUACAGUAUCUUGAAUCGGGCAGCAGCAUAACCUUCAAACAGAAAGGACGGGAAAGAGUCUUCAAAAACAGAAAGGACGGGGAAAGAGGGGUCUUUCAAACAGAAAGGACAUUGAAAAGAUUCUUCAAAACAGAAAGGACAGGGAAAGAUUCUUCAAUCAAGAAAGGACAGUGGAAAGAGUUUCUUAAACAGGAAAGGAACAGGGAAAGAGUAUUCAAACAGAAAGGAAACAGGGGAACGAAGUCUUCAAACGAAAGGGAACAGGGAAGAAUUCUUCAAACAGAAAGGACAGGGAAAGAUUCUUCAAAAACAGAAAGGAACAAGGGUCAAAGGGAAAAGUUCUUCAAACGAAAGGAAUCAGGGACAGGGAAAGAGUUCUUCAAACAGAAAAGGACCAGGGGAAAGAAAGAUUCUUCAAACAGAAAGGACCAGGGAAAGAGUUCUUCCCAAACCAGAAAGGACAGGGAAAAGAGUCGUCAAACAGAAACAGAAAGGACAAAGAAGGAAAGAGUCUUCCAAAAAGAAAGGACAGGGAAAGAGUCUUCAAUCAGAAAUGAAGGGAAACGAGUCUUCAAACAGAAAGGACAGGGAAAUGUCUUCAACAAGAAAGGACCGGGAAGAGUCUUCAAACAGAAAGGACAGGAAGAGUCUUCAAACAGAAAGGGACAUGGACAGAGUCGUUCAAACAGAAAGGACAUGGAAAGAGUCUUCAACAGAAAGGACAAGGGAAAGAGGUCUUCAGACAGAAAGGACAGUGAUAGAGUCUUCAAAACAGAAGGACAGGAAGCGUCUUUCAAACAGAAAGGACAGAUAGAGUCUUCAAACAAAAGGACAGGGAAAGAGUCUUCAAACAGAAAGGACAGGGAAAAAGUCUUCAAACAGAAGGCAGGGAUAGAGGCUUCAAACAAAGGACAGGGAAAGAGUCUUCAAACAGAAGACAGGGAUUAA